AUGGCCGUCGACACAGACAAGACUGCCUCCGCGCAGCUAGGAGAGGCCGUGGUCGCCUUUGCGCUCGAGGGGCACUUCCCCGAUGAGCAGGUGUCGUCGCUGUCGCUGUCUUCUUCUGACUUGUCGCCUGCGAUCGAUGCGCUGGAAAGAGCCAAGGGCGAUUUGGAGUCCGAAAUUCACACAAUAAACGAGGAGACCAAGGGCGACGUCAGCUCGUGGGUGCACAAUGCGAAAACGCUCCAAGAAGACAUACUGCGAUCCAAGAGGCUAGCGGAUGACAUCGUGCGGCAAUCGGAAGCACCGCAGAUUUCAGGAAAGGCGAUACAAGAUGCAGAGGACCAUAUACAGUUUCUCGAGAAGGAGGUGCUAUAUACGAACCAGCUGCACGAAGCCCUCAGGGGCAUUCAGCAUGUGAACGAGCUUCUGGGGGAGGUUGAGCAAGCGAUGAACGAGCGGCGCAUCAUCGACUCGCUGCGGUGGUUGGAGAAAUCUUGGACGGAGCUCGAUGCUGUCCCAGUCAACAAGAAGGCAUGCCGAAUCAUGAGGCUCCUCGACGUGAGAGCUUUUGAGCUGAAGUCACAUGUCCACGACGUUUUCGACCAUGUCUGGGCAUCGCUUGUUCACACGGAUCUCGAAGCUGGCUCUCUGGCAAUUUACAACAAAUUAGAUGACGAGCAAAUGACACUAUCAGAAGCCAUCAUUGGUCUCCAAGCCUACAAAGAGGUUGAAGACCGAAUGUCCAAGCUGUGGCACAGUAUUGACAAGGCCAUUGUGUUCCCACGCAUGAACGCUCAAGCUUCACCACUGCCUUCUAUUCGCGAGACUGAAAAUGUGAUUGAACUGCAUGGCCAAGCCGGGAGGUCCAUUGACGAGCUCUUUGUGGAUCUCCAAAAGGUGGUCGAGUUCCUGGCCAAGAGGCUGACACCUGAUCUCCUAAUGUUCUUCAGCCCCAUUAUGAUGAGCGACCUAGUACCGAGGCUCAUCUCAGUCUGGCUCAACUCGGAAGUCCCUUCGACGUUGAAGGACCUUGACAGGUUUCAGGCCGUCAUCGAAUCCGCGCGAAGCUUUUGCGAGGUCCUUGAAAACAACGGCUUCACUGGAUUCACAGAGCUUAAGGAAUGGGUUGGUAGCGCGCCGUCGAUAUGGCUCGCCAAGUGCAGAGAAACGGCCCUCGAUUCGGUGAGGGUCCAAAUGUCAAACGGCCUCGGCGCUUCGAAACAAGUGGAAAAGGUGGAAAAACAAAUGGUUUCUCGUUCGGAAGGCAAGGAAUUGACGGCAAAUGGCGUAGCCGGUACCGUCACAGAGGAUGACUGGGGUGCGGCAUGGGGAGUCGAUGAUGACCAAGAGCCAUCCGAGGCCAAGGACGACACCCAGGUGGAAGAUGAUGGUGCCGAUGCCUGGGGGUGGAAUGAUGACGAACAAACCUCGGAGAUCACACAAGAGGUGGAAAAGCCAGCAGGCGAGGAAGACGACACAGCCGACGCGUGGGGUUGGGGAGACGACGACGCGACUGAACAAAUGGAGCCAGAGUCAAAGCCUCAACCACCAAAGACGCAAACGAAAAAGCAAAAGACGGCGCCUGCUGAGCCAGAUGAGAGCAGAGAGAUGGUUCUGAAGGAGACCUAUCACAUUUCCUCCAUGCCAGAGCCGGUACUGAAGCUUAUCCUGGCCAUCCUGGAAGACGGCGCGGCUCUAACACAACCCGAGUAUGAGAACAGCCCUGUGGCAGCCGCCGCCCCGGGUCUUUUCAGUUUGCCGACGUUCGCAUUAGCCAUGUUUCGGGCAGUCUCGCCGCAUUACUACUCACUGGACAUUGGCGGCAACAUGUUUCUCUACAACGAUGCCAUGUACCUGUCCGAGAAGCUGGCAGGUUUGGCAUCAACGUGGAAGUCGCGCGAGGACCUGACCGCACGCGCCCAGAACAUGCUGCGCAUAGAUAACGACAUCAAGAGCCUGCAGAACUUUGCCACGCGCGCAUACACUAACGAGCUCGGGGUGCAGAAAACGGUGCUGAGGGAUUUGCUAGGAGGCGAUCAAAGUCUCAUGCAGCAGGAUGAAUUGGACAGUUGCGUGGACUCGGCACUAGCACGAGUUAGAUCCAUGGCGGUGACAUGGGAAUUGAUUCUGGCACGUUCGGUGUGGUACCAGGCGGUGGGGUCGCUCUUGGAUGCCCUGUCGUCCAAGAUUAUCAGCGAUGUCAUGGACGCGUCGUCCAUCGGACAGGACGACGCGUACGGGAUCGCCAAGCUCAUUGCCAAAGUUACGGAGCUGGACGACCUCUUUCUCCCAUCGCGGUCCACGGCGGCGACGGCAGCGGCUCAUGGGCAGCAGGUGUCCAGCGGCGCGGACGAGAUUCCGACGACGGCGCAGUACGUGGCCACGUGGCUCCGUCUCAAGUACCUGAGCGAGGUGCUCCAAUCCAACCUCAAUGAGGUCAAGUACCUCUGGUGCGACAGCGAGCUCAGCCUGUACUUUUCGGCGGACGAGGUCGUGGACCUUAUCGAAGCUAGCUUCGACGCUAACCCGCGGAUGAGGGAGACCAUCCGGGCGAUUCGGGAGACCCCAAGCCCCGUGCACGGCUAA